GGGUCCUCCGACGGCAGAAAGUUUGUUUUGCCGGCAUUCACCUGCUCCCCAGUACGUAUGUUGUUGACAGUGGACCCGCACACGACGCCUCGCAACACUGCGCGAUGAUGGCGGGAAUGUGAAAAUUGACAACGGAAAUGAUCGCCGAGAGUGCGUCCGAUCCUGCUCUCGCGGUAUCUUGGCGAUUUGUAUUUAGGUUGGUUGCCUCCAUUGCCAACAAAAACUACCCGCUGGAUAAUGUUAUUUGGUAAAUAGCCGUCAAUCUAUCGAAGCCGUUAUCGAUACGGAACAUAUUAACGUUUUGUUAUGCUGAUAUUGAUGUGAAGUUAUGUUGUUUGUGAUGUUGAUGUUCGCGCGUAGCUACUGGAUUCCGUUUGACGAGACAUUUAACGCUAACGUUAGCAGCUAGCUUGGGCUAGCUGCCCGUGCUGUGUGUUGGUUUCGCCAAGUUUGUUUCAUUGCAGCCACGUUAGUUUGCUGCUACACAACACUUCAGCUGAUACAGUAGUUUAAACGACACCUCGGGACCACACAACGCUUCAGAGAAUGCUGGCCACGGGAGCAGCUGUUACUAACGUCACAGCUCUGGCCCAGGUAGACCGGGAGAAGAUCUACCAAUGGAUCAAUGAGCUGUCCAGUCCGGAGACCAGAGAGAAUGCCUUGCUGGAGUUGAGCAAGAAGCGCGAGUCUGUGCCAGACCUGGCCCCAAUGCUCUGGCACUCCUGUGGCACGAUUGCUGCCCUGUUGCAGGAAAUAGUGAACAUCUAUCCAUCUAUAAACCCACCCACGCUUACAGCUCACCAGUCUAACAGAGUGUGCAAUGCCCUGGCACUGCUGCAGUGUGUUGCCUCACACCCAGAGACACGGUCGGCCUUUCUUGCUGCUCACAUCCCUCUUUUCCUUUACCCCUUUCUGCACACUGUGAGCAAAACACGUCCGUUUGAGUACCUGCGACUUACCAGCCUCGGAGUUAUAGGUGCUCUGGUCAAAACGGACGAACAAGAAGUGAUUAACUUCCUCCUCACCACCGAAAUCAUCCCGCUGUGUCUCCGCAUCAUGGAAUCAGGGAGUGAGCUCUCCAAGACGGUUGCUACUUUUAUACUGCAGAAGAUCUUGUUGGAUGACACAGGGCUGGCCUAUAUAUGUCAGACGUAUGAACGCUUCUCCCACGUGGCCAUGAUCCUCGGCAAAAUGGUGCUCCAGCUCUCUAAAGAACCAUCAGCUCGCCUGUUGAAGCACGUCGUCCGCUGCUACCUUCGCCUCUCAGACAAUCUCAGGGCCAGAGAAGCCCUGCGUCAGUGUCUGCCAGACCAGCUGAAAGACAGCACCUUCGCCCAGGUGCUGAAGGACGACACCACCACCAAGCGCUGGCUGGCACAGCUGGUGAAGAACCUGCAGGAGGGCCAAGUCACCGACGCCAGAGGCAUCCCGCUGGCUCCGCAGUGAUGAGGACGGAGUGUUUGCAGCCGACACAGAAGGACUCUCAUCACCGUCUAGAUUUUGUAUUUUUGCCCAAUGUGGCAGUAAGACAAAAGGGGAAGGACAUAAUGGAGAAAGAUUUGCUUUUUGGAUUACACCAGUUGUUGUUGUAUUUUUUUCUGCCAGUAUGUCACUUCCACACACGGUCACUUCUUCACAGCUGAAAAUUUUUUUUUUUUUUUUUUUUUUUUUUUUUUUUUUUUGAGAGCCGGACUGAUUGUAGAUUUUCAAAGCCGAUACUAAUAACUGAUAUUUGAGGAAAAAUUAAAACCAAUAAUGAUAUAUUGGCUGGUAUUUGUUUAUGACAUUCAUGUCGCAACAUGAAAGAUAUGUCUGAGUAUGACAUUUUCUCUGUUUAACAAAAUACCUCACUAUUGAAACAAUAUUGUAAUAACUGAGUUACAGGAGAAAAGUAUAUUUAACUUGAAAUGAGGGAGAAAACUAACGUUAAAAUACAGCCUGUAAAACGUUAACUGCUGCGUUUCACCACACUGCAGUUUGGUUGUCUGGAUGUCUGUCAGCAUAUCGGUACUGAUAUAUCUGAUAGGCUAGUGUCGGUUGUUAAUAUCAGCUCUACCAAUAUAUCGGUCAGCUCUCGCCUUUCCCUGUUUAUCACUGUAACUUUCUGUAACAUUCCACUUCACAGUAGGAACUGUUAUUUUUUUGCUUCUCUCAUUUCAAAUAAGACUUUUUAAUCUUCUGACUAGUUGUGUCUCUUUUUGUUCUUCUUUGGUCUGAUUACAUGCAGCAGUUUAGCAAACCAGUUGAUUUCUUUCUGAUUAGUUCAUUGUGUUAACUGGCUUUGUGUACGCCAGGCCAGCAAUGAUUAAAACUAUUUUUAAUUGAUUAAUUCAUUUUGCUUUAGUUUUAAUUGAUUAAUUAAUCAAUUGUUGCAUUAGCUCAGAUGAGCUGUUAUUGUCACUAGUGAUGUAAAUAAAGAACAGCUGUUUUUUUAAAGUUGAGGAAUAUUGCAGUAAAAGUUUUGAAGUA